AUGGAAACGUGGUUGGAAUCAGUGGCGGCGUUGCCGAUGGCCACCUCGCAAGAACUGAGGUGGGGCGUCCUCCUCGGCAUGGCCAUCGGCGGCAGCCUCGUUGCUCUUAUCAACUACAUACGCGACUGCCGACGGCAACACAUUGACAAGUUGGUGGAGGAGAAGGUGGAGCGCAUUUUGGCCCUUGUGGAGGAGCGACGCGGUGAAGUGGAGCGCCGCGUGCGCGAGGAGAGCGGCAACGACGCCACCAAGCAGGCCAAGCCGCAAGAAAGCGCCAAGCCGGCGAGCCCCAGCCCGGCCGCCAGCACGAGCACCACCUCCUCCAGCGGCGCCAGCAACGCCGGCUGGGAGCAGAAGCGGCCCUACGCCCCAGCCUCCUCGUCCCAGCAGAAGUCGUCUCUCCUCAAGACGGCUACGACCACUCGCUCGUCGCCUCUGGCCUCUUCCGCGUCGGCCACUUCGCCUGCACCACCGUCCUCCUCUUCGUCGUCGUCGUCGUCGUCGUCUGAGUCAUCUGCGUCUUCUUCCUCGGCUUCAGGGUCGCCCACCAAGGGCGAGAGGCCCAAGCUGCAGAAAUCGCAAAACCUGGAGCGGCAGAGCAGCAUGCAGAAGCUGUACGGCAUGGAGGCCGAGAUCGCCAAGAAGAUCGAAAAGAAGACCGAGCCGCUCAUUGAGCCCAUGUGCAAGUGGCUUUAUGAAGUCGUAGGCGAAGAAGCCACCGACCAACAGUUUCCGGACAGUCUCAAGAGCGGCCGCCUGCUGUGCGCAUUGAUGAACAAACUGUGGCCAGGCAUCAUACCCGAUGUCCACACGCGACCCAUUGCCCUCCUCGAGCGGGAAAACAUACAAAAGUAUCUCGAUGCGUGCGCCAAGAUGGGCAUCAGGAAGGACGAUCUUUUCGGCAUCAGCGAUCUCUACGAGGAGAAAUACCUCGCAGGCGUGGUGCAGAACGUGUACGCCGUGGCGCGCUACGUGCAGCAGCGCAAGUCCUGGGUCGGGCCCAUCCUCCAACCGCCCGCCGUCGAGAAGGCUUCCGCCGACUGA